AUGACGUUGAUAAAACUGCCUAUUGAUGUGCUUAUUGAAAAUAUUCUAUCAUGGCUGGAUGCCAUGGCCUUGAUUCAAAUGUCCAAAACAUGUCGCUUCUUUCAUCAGCUGGCUAAUGACGAGGUGUUAUGGAAACGUCUUGUAUUAUCUGAAUUUAAUCUGCCACCCGACGCAAGUUUCAGACAAAGCGGUUGGAAAUCACUGUAUUCUCGGCUAAACAAUCCCACUGUGUACACUUGGGGUGAAAACUUUGACGGUCGACUCGGUCAUGGCGUGGGUCGAAUUGGGAUGCGGCGCUUCUAUAAUUCAAGAAGUGUUCCUGAACCCCGCGAAUUGGUAUCACUGCGCAACAAAGGCAUUGUCGAUAUAGUGGCGGGCGGUUGGUCGUUUCAUGCACUGGAUCGUUACGGACAUGUGUGGAUGUGGGGAACGAUGCAGGAAGACGUGCCGGUGACUCGGUCCCUGGGAGCGCGACCUGUUCGGGAACCUGUUCAAUUGGUGUUGCCACCAGAGACCAAAAUUCGUGCCAUUUCAUGCGGUCGGUCACAUGCGAUUGCAUUGGAUUACCGUGGUGAGGUGUGGCAUUGGAAUAAUCUCUGGCGGCCACAGCAAGUCCUGCUACCAUCGUCCUCCAAAGCGGUACAGGUGACCGCGAAUUGGGGCUACUCCAGCGUGUUGACAGAAGACGGUGAAAUACACGUCGUGCCUCAACCUGAGCUUAUCGCUUCCUUUGAUGAGACAAAUGCCAUCUUGCCCGAACUUGUGCUGGAUUUACCAGGCGUGACCCUCUCUACCGUCAUAGCAACUUCUUCAUUGAAUACCGAAACGGCUGCUUCAUCCGUUGCACCGGACGACAGCUUUGUGCAAUUGGCCGGCUUGGAAAAGUAUACCUUGGCUUUAACGCGCCUAGGCCGCGUAUUCAGGCUGCACACCGAAAACAGACACAUGUUUACAUCGUCGCCUCUCACCGACGAACUCGUCCAUUUCAGUGCCAGCACUCCCGAAAACAACACACGCCGCGGACGCAUGCAACGGUUCGUAUCGGGUGCUUUCACCAAUUUUGCCGUCUACACCGCGGAUGGCCAAGUCAUGCUUGGAUCACAAAACAAGCCUCCAAACCAACAACCCGAAAUUCCACCCGGGCUGUCCCAUGGUAUUUGCAAAGUCGCCUUUGGCGAUUAUCAUAUGGGCGCAGUGACGAAUACCGGGGCUUUGCUGACAUGGGGUGCUUACAGUGCCGGUGCUCUUGGUCAUGGACAUGACAACGAAGAACGACAACAAGAUACGCCACAGCAAGUUGAAGCAUUGAAGGACAUGUUCGUGUUCGCAAUUGGCUUUGGUGGCUGGCACAGUGGCGUAUUGGCCAUACCCAAUCAUCAGUAA